GCUGCUUUGGGAGCCUCAGGGGGGGCGGAGAAAUAGACGUAGCAUAAAAGAAAAAGAGAAUGGGUUUAGGCUGUUACCGCUACACAGGGAUGUGAAAUUAGCCUGAGUGAUUGCAACGGAUUUCAUCUACUGUGAGUGUGGUCAGCAAGUGGUACAACAAGUAACUGUGUGAACUUUGGCAAAUUUUUGGCCUCUGUGCCUCAGUUUCCUCAUAUCCUUCCCACCAUGGAUUGCCAAGAAAAUGAGUACUGGGACCAAUGGGGACAGUGUGUCACCUGCCAACUGUGUGGGCCUGGACAAGAACUCUCCAAGGAUUGUGGUUAUGGAGAAGGUGGGGAUGCAUACUGCACAGCCUGCCCUCCCCGCAGAUUCAAAAGCAGCUGGGGCCACCAUAGAUGUCAGACUUGCAUCACCUGUGCUGUCAUCAAUCGUAUCCAGAAGGCCAACUGCACAGCUACCUCUAAUGCUGUCUGUGGGGACUGUCUGCCUAGAUUCUACCGAAAGACACGUAUCGGAGGACUGCAGGACCAAGAGUGCAUCCCAUGCACAAGACAGACACCCACCUCUGAGGUUCAGUGUGCCUUCCAGUUGAGCUUAGUGAAAGCAGAUGUACCCACAGUGCCCCCUCAGGAGGCCACACUUGUUGCACUGAUGAGCAGUCUGUUCGUGGUGUUUACCCUGGCGUUCCUGGGGCUCUUCUUCCUCUACUGCAAGCAGUUCUUCAACAGACAUUGCCAGCGUGUUGCAGGAGGUUCGCUGCAGUUUGAGGCUGAUGAGGCAGCAGAAGAGGAAUCUCUCUUCACCAUGCCACCUGGCCAGGAGACCAGUCCUGAGUCCCCACUGAGUGAAAGCAUCUUUGAGACCCAGCCACUUAACCCCAUCCUGGAUGAUGACUGCAGUUCAACUUGUGGCUUUCCCACACAGGAGUCUUUUACCAUGGCCUCCUGUGCCUCAGAGAGCCACUCCCACUGGGUCCACACCCCCAUCGAAUGCACAGAGCUAGACCUGCAAACGUUUUCCAGUUCAGCCUCCUAUACUGGAGCUGAGACCUUGAGGGGGGACACAGCUGAAAACUCUGAAGACAGACUGGAGUUCAAUAUGCCCUUUGAAGUCCCCAGCCCUUAACUCUAGUGAGAAAUUAUUUUCUAAGUAACCAUUGGGAGAUACUGAUAAUGGAGAUGGCUCUGCCUUGGACUGAACUCAACUCUUCGCACCUGGGAUCCAAAUGAAGGACAGUAAAAGAAAGAUUACUAGCAGACAAAGACAGUGAUUAAUUUCUUCUUUCCACUCCCAUUUUACCUCAGGGAACUCGCCUUGCACUAGACAUUUGCAACUCAAAGUUUGGUUCCUAGACUAGAAGGACCCACAUUACCUGGGGCUUCAUUGUAAAAGCAAAACCUCAGGUCCCACUACAGAGUUGCUGAAUCAGAAUCUGCAUUUUAAAAAGAUUCCCAGGUUACUGAUAUGCACAUAAAUUUUGAGAAGCACUUCAAUAGCUCCCAAGUUUAAAUGUGGCAUUUGUGGUUUUUAAAUGCUUGUUCUAAUUGGAAUAAAUGGGAAGGCAAUUAGCCUUGCAAAUAGUUGUUGUCCCACUGUUUUUUUAAACAGCCACAAAUAAGAAUCAGCUGGCAAGCUUUGGCUACUAUUGAUGUCUGAGUCCAAACUCCAACGGGUUUUAUAUAAUUGGCCUCUGGGUAUUGAGGAUUUUUGAAAAGCUCUUCAAGUAAUUCUAGCAUGCAGCAAAGUUUGAGAACCCAUUGCAAUGUUUGAGACCCACUGUCUGAAAGUGGUCCAUAUGAGUAUAAAAAAUACUUGUUUUAGUUAGAAUAGUUAGAAUGAUUUCAUUAAAAUUAGGAAAAAACAUUACAGAAUCAUUAAGAACCAAAAAUGCAUAGAGAAAAUUCUGAAUUUAAAGUAAAAGUGCCAGAAAGAGCACUUGUUAAAUGCAAAAUAUUUAAAAUCUCAAGGGCAAAAAGGGUCUUUCCAUUGUUACUUAGUUCCUACCCAUCCCCCACAUGCAUAUUUGAAAGUUAGGAGUUAGUCCCUGGCCUAGAAAGGAUAGUGUAAAUUAAGCAGAAUUUUUUAAAAGAUUUUAUUUAUUUAUUUGACAGAGAGAGAUACAGUGAGAGACGGUACACAAGCAGGGGAAGUGAGGGAGGGAGAAGCAGGUUUCCUGCAGAGCAGGCAGCCCAAUAUGGGACUCAAUCCCAGGACUCUGGGAUCAUGACCUGAGCCAAAGGCAGAUGCUUAAUGACUGAGCCACCCAGGUGUCCCAAGCAGAAUUAAUUACCUAUGUGAUUUACUGCUUGGGCCAUUUUAAUAGUCAUAAUAAAGCCAUUCUACACCAUUAGUUAAACUGGUACAUGGAGGCUCCUCUUCUGUGGUGCAUAAUGAACCUUUUACCACCUCCCUUCAGUAGCCAUGCCCACCCACACUGGACUCAGUGUGAGCUCAGCCAGCAGCAAAUGUAUGUCCAUUUAUCACUUACGUUGGCUAAUUUUUUUCAUGCUGGUUCUACAAUAGAGUCUUAGUUCUUGGAGGGCAGGGCCUGGGUGUUGCUCAUUUUUAUACUGCUGCUUCUCUGUAAUCCCUCUAUUCUUGGCACAUGCCCUGUAUGAGAAAAAUGUUCAAUGUUUAUCAAACUAUAUUCAAUUGAAAUAGAAAGUAAACAUAAAACAUUCCAUUGUGCUGAAUUAGUCCCCAAGGACUUCCUGGGAGGAAUGCAGGCUGGCAAAAUCUGUUCUUUUUUUUUUUUUUUUAAUUUGAAAAAUACAUUCUUGGGAUGCCUGGGGGUUCUAUUCACCAACCUGAUCAUAGUCUUUUUUUUUCUUUUUCCUUCUUCCCCCUCACCCCAUUUUGGAUCUCUUCUGAUUUGUUUAGUGUAUACUUUUCUGGGGUCAUGGUUAACCUUUUAGCAUUUUGUUCUCUCAUUCAUCUAUUUUCCUCUGGACAAAAUGACAAGAUGGACAAAAUCACCUCAAAAAAAAAGAACAAGAGGCAGUACUAACUGCCAGGGACCUAAUCACUACAGACAUUAGUAAGAUGUCAGAACUAGAGUUCAGAAUGAUGAUUAUAAAGAUACUAGCUAGACUUGAAAAAUGCAUAGAAGAUACUAGAGAAUCCCUUUCUGGAGAAAUAAAAGAACUAAAAUCUAACCAAGUUGAAAUCAAAAAGACUAUUUAUGAGGUGCAAACAAAAAAUGGAGGCUCUAACUGCUAGGUUAAAUGAGGCAGAAGAGAGAAUUAGUGAUAUAGAAAACCAAAUGAUGGAGAAUAAAGAAGCUGAGAAAAAGAGAGAUAAACAGCUACUGGAUCACAAGAGGAGAAUGUGAGAGUUAAGUGAUACCAUAAAGCAAAAUAGCAUUAGAAUAAUUGGGAUCCCAGAAGAAGAAAGAGAGAGAGGGACAGAAGGUAUAUUGUAGCAAACUAUAGCAGAGAACUUCUCUAAUUUGGGGAAGGAAACAGCCAUUAAAAUCCAGGAGACACAGAGAACUCCCCUCAAUAUCAAUAAAAAUAAGUCAACACCCUGACAUCUAAUACUAAAACUUACAAGUCUCAGAGACAAAGAGAAAAUCCUGAAAGCAGCUCGGGACAAGAGGUCUGUAACCUACAAUGGUAGAAACAUUAGAUUGGCAACAGACCUGGCAGGCCAGAAAGGACUGGCAUGAUAUAUUCAGAGCACUAAAUGAGAAAAAUAUGCAGCCAAGAAUAUCCAGCUAGGCUAUCAUUGAAAAUAGGAGAGAUAAAAAACUUCCAAGACAAACAAAAACUAAAAGAAUUUGCAAACACCAAACCAGUCCUACAAGAAAUAUUGAAAGGGGUCCUCUAAGCAAAGAAAGAGCCUAAAAGUAACAUAGACCAGAAAGGAACAGAAUUAAUAUACAGUAACAGUCACCUUACAGGCAAUACAAUGGCACUAAAUUCAUAUCUUUCAAUAGUUACCUUGAAUGUAAAUGGGAUAAAUGCCCUAAUCAAAAUACACAGGGCAUCAGGUUGGAUAAAAAAAACAAGACCCAUCAAUAUGUUGUCUGCAAGAGACUCAUUUUACACCCAAAGACACCUCCAGAUUGAAAGUGAGGGGGUGGAAACCCUUUAUCAUGUUAAUGGACAUCAAAAGAAAGCUGGGGUAGCAAUCCUUAUUAUCAGACAAAUUAGAUUUUAAAACAAAGACUAUACUAAGAGAUGAGUAAGGACACUGUAUCAUACUUAAAGGGUCUAUCCAACAAGAAGAUCUAACAAUUUUAAAUAUCUAUUCCCCUAACAUGGGAGCAGCCAAUUAUAUAAGCCCAUUAAUAACAAAAUCAAAGAAACGCAUCGACAAAUAAUACAAUAAUAGUAGUGGACUUUGACAACCCCCUCACUGAAAUGGACAGAUCAUCUAAGCAAAAGAUCAACAAGGGAAUAAAGGCAUUAAAUGACACACUGGACCAGAUGGACUUCACAGAUAUAUUCAGAAUAUUCCAUCCCAUUCUUCUUUAGUGCACAUGGAACAUUCUCUGGAAUAGAUCUCAUCCUGGGUCACAAAUCAGGUCUCAACUGGUACCAAAAGAUUGGGAUUAUUCCCUGCAUAUUUUCAGACCACAAUGUUUUGAAACUAGAACUCAAUCACAAGGGGAAAGUUGGAAAGAACUCAAAUACAUGGAGGCUAAAGAGCAUCCUACUAAAGAAUGAAUGGGUCAACCAGGAAAUUAAAGAAGAAUUUUAAAAAAUCAUGGAAACAAAUGAAAAUGAAAAGGCAAGUGUUCCAAAUCUUUGGGAUGCAGCAAAGGCGUCCUAAGAGGAAAGUAUAUAGCAAUACAAGCUUUUCUCAAGAAACAAGAAAAAUUUCAAAUACAGAACCUAACUCUACACCUAAAGGAGCUGGAGAAAGAACAGCAAAUAAAGCCUAAACCCAGCAGGAGAAGAGAAAUGGUAAGAUCAGAGCAGAAAUCAAUGAAAUAUAAAUGAAAAGAACAAUAGAACAGUUAAACAAAACUAGGAGCUGGUUCUUUGAAAGAAUUAACAAGAUUGAUAAACCCCUGGCCAGACUUAUCAAAAAGAAAAGAGAAAGGACCAAAAUAAAUAAAAUCAUGAAUGAAAGAGGAGAGAUCACAACCAACACCAAAGAAAUACAAACAAUUAUAAGAACGUAUUAUGAGCGGGCUGCCUGGGUGGCUCAGUUGGUUGGGCAACUGCCUUCGGCUCAGGUCAUGAUCUCAGGGUCCUGGGAUCGAGCCCCACAUCGGGCUCCCUGCUCGGCGGGAGGCCUGCUUCUCCCUCUCCCACUCCCCCUGCUUGUGUUCCCUCUCUCGCUGUCUCUCUCUCUGUCAAAUAAAUAAAUAAAAUCUUAAAAAAAAAAAGAACGUAUUAUGAGCAACUCUAUGCCAGCAAAUUAGAUAACCUGGAAGAAAUGGAUGCAUUCCUAGAGAUGUAUCAACUACCAAAACUGAACCAGGAAGAAAUAGAAAACCUGAACAGACCCAUAACCACUAAGGAAAUUGAAGCAGUCAUCAAAAAUCUCCCAACAAACAAAAGCCCAGAGCCAGAUGGCUUCCCAAGGGAAUUCUACCAAACAUUUAAAGAAGAAUGAAUACCUAUUCUUCUGAAACUGUUCCAAAAAAUAGAAAUGGAAGGAAAACGUACAAACUCAUUUUAUGAGGCCAGCAUUACCUUGAUACCAAAACCACACAAAGACCCCAGCAAAAAGGAGAAUUACAGACCAAUAUCCGUGAUGAACAUGAGUGCAAAAAUUCUCACCAAAAUACUAGCCAAUAGAAUCCAGCAGUACAUUAAAAGGAUUAUUCACCACGAAGAAGUGGGAUUUAUUCCUGGGCUGCAAGUUCAGUUCAACAUGCACAAAUCAAAUACUGUGAUACAAUAUGUUAAUAAAAGAAAGAACAAGAACCAUAUGAUCCUCUCAAUAGAUGCAGAAAAAGCAUUUGACAAAAUACAGCAUCCUUUCUUGAUUAAAACUCUUCACAGUGUAGGGAUAGAGGGCAAAUACCUCAAUAUCAUAAAAGCCAUCUAUGAAAAACCCACAGCAAAUAUCAUUCUCAAAGGGGAAAAACAGAGCUUUUUCCCUAAGGUUGGGAACACAGCAGGGAUGUCCACUAUCAUCACUGCUAUUCAACAUAGUAGUAGAAGUCCUAGCCACAGCAGUCAGACAACAGAAAGAAAUAAAAGACAUCUGAAUUGGCAAAGAAGAAGUGAAACUCUCACCUUAUCCAGAUGAUACGAUACUUUAUGUGGAAAACCCAAAAGACUCCACUCCAAAACUGCUAGAACCCAUACAGGAACUCAGUAAAGUGGUAUUAUAUAACAUUAAUGCACAGUAAUCAGUUGCAUUUCUAUACACUAACAAUGUGACAGAAGAAAAGAAAUUAAGGAGUUGAUCCCAUUGACAAUUGCACGCAAAACCGUAAGAUACCUAGGAAUAAAUCUAACCAAAGAGGCAAAGAAUCUGUACUCAGAAAACUAUAGAAUACUCAUGAAAGAAAUUGAGGAGGGCACAAAGAAAUGGAAAAACAUCCCAUGCUCCUGCACUGGAAGAACAAAUAUUGUGAAAAUGUCUAGGCUACCUAGAGCAAUCUACAUAUUUAAUGCAACCCCUAUUAAAAUACCAUCAACUUUUUUCAAAGAAAUGGAACAAAUAAUCCUAAAAUUUUUAUGGAACCAGAAAAAACCCCACAUAGCCAGAGGAAGGUUGAAAAAGAAAAGGAAACCUGGUGGCAUCACAAUUCUGGACUUCAAGCUCUAUUACAAAGCUGUAAUCAUCAAGACAGUAUGGUGCUGGCACAAAAACAGACACCUAGAUCAAUGGAACAGAAUAGAGAGCCCAGAGAUGGACCUUCAACUCUAUGGUCAACUAAUCUUCGACAAAGCAGGAAAGAAUGUCCAAUGGAAAAAAGACAGUCUCUUCAACAAAUGGUGUUGGGAAAAUUGGACAGCCACAUGCAGAAGAAUGAAACUGGGCCAUUUCCUUACACCACACACAAAAAUAGACUCCAAAUGGUUGAAAGACCUCAAUGUGAGACAGGAGUCCAUCAAAAUCCUAGAGGAGAACACAGACAGCAACCUCUUCGAUCUCAGCUGCAGCAACUUCUUCCUAGAAACAUCGCCAAAGGCAAGGGAAGCACGGGGAAAAAUGAACUAUUGGGACUUCAUCAAGAUAAAAAAGUUUUGCACAGCAAAAGAAACAGUCAACAAAACCAGAAGACAACAGACAGAAUGGGAGAAGAUAUUUGCAAAUGACAUAUCAGAGAAAAGGCUAGUAUCCAAAAUCUAUAAGGAACUUAUCAAACUCAACAUCCAAAGAACAAACAAUACAAUCAAGAAAUGGGCAGAAGUCAUGAACAGACACUUCUGCAAAGAAUACAUCCAAAUGACCAACAGACACAUGAAAAAGUGCUCAACAUCACUCGGCAUCAGGGAAAUUCAAAUCAAAACCUCAAUGAGAUACCACCUCACACCAGUCAGAAUGGCUAAAAUUGAGUCAGGAAACAACAGAUGUUGGCGGAGAUGCAGAGAAAGGGGAACCCUCCUACACUGUUGUUGGGAAUGCAAGCUGGUGCAGCCACUCUGAGUAUGGAGGUUCCUCAAAAAGUUGAAAAUAUCUCCCUCUCCCAUUCCCCCUGCUUGUAUUCCCUCUCUCGCUGUGUCUCUCUCUGUCAAAUAAAUAAAUAAAAUCUUUAAAAAAAAAUUAGAAAAAAAGGGGCGCCUGGGUGGCUCAGUCGUUAAGCGUCUGCCUUCAGCUCAGGUCAUGAUCCCAGGGUCCUGGGAUCGAGCCCUGCAUCCGGCUCCCUGCUCCGCGGGAAGCCUGCUUCUCCCUCUCCUAUUCCCCCUGCUUGUAUUCCCUCUCUCGCUGUGUCUCUCUCUGUCAAAUAAAUAAAUAAAAUCUUAAAAAAAAAAAAGUUGAAAAUAGAGUUACCCUAUGACCCAGCAAUUGCACUACUGGGUAUUUACCCCAAAGAUAGAAAUGUUGUGAUCUGAAGGGGCAUAUGCACCCCAAUGUUUAUAACAGCAAUGUCCACAAUAGCACAACUAUGGAAAGAGCCUAGAUGUCGAUCAACAGAUGAAUGGAUAAAGAAGAUGUGAUAUAUACCUAUAUACCUAUAUAUAUAUAGGAAUAUUAUGCAGCCAUCAAAAAAUGAAAGCUUGCCAUUUGCAAUGACAUGGAUCAAACUAGAGGGUAUUAUGCUAAGCAAAAUAAGUCAAUCAGACAAAGAGAAGUGUCCUCACUGAUAUGAGGAAUUUGAGAAACAAGACAGAGGAUCAUAGGGGAAGGGAGGGGAAAAUGA